CUCCACUAGGGGCGGUGACACCGAGAACAGUACAUCAAACACAACAACACAAACGAAGAAGACCAACCCGGAAGUUGCUCCAAGAUGGCGGACAGUGAGCCCAUAAGUGACGCGAGUGAUUCGGUCCAGUCCGGUCCUCCGAAACUCAGCGAGCUGCUGGACCGGGGCUGGAGGAUCUAUGAGGAGCUGGAGGACUGUACGGAGCCGCCCUGCUCCAGCAGCGUACAGCUCCGGGUCCGAACCGGGCUAGGUCUGCUGCAGGACGCGGCCCGGAUGGUGGAGCAACUGGAUCUGUUCAGUCGAAACGAGGACCUGGAAGAGGUGACCACGAAGGACCUGAAGUACCUGUUGCUGCCCGCCCUGCGCGGGGCCCUCACCCUGAAGCUCACCGGCCGGGACCAGAGACUGCUCAAUGUCCGAACCGCUAGGGACCACUUCAUGGACUUCCUGACCCGUUGUAGGGAGUACAACGUUUCCCGGUUCGACCUCCCGAGGAGGAGGGAAAGUCCAGACCCCGAAGAGUCCCAGCUGACCACUGUGAAGCCUAGCACACCUGACCUGGUUGUCAUGGCAGCACAGAGGCAGGCUAAGAUCGAGCGGUAUCGGCAGAAGAAAGAGCUCGAGGCUCGGCUGACGGGCGUUCGCAAAGUGGUGGAGAGCGGGAAGGCGGACGAUGAGUUGAGCAGAGAGUUUUACCUGCUGAACGUGAAGAGGUGGAUCAGCGUGAGUCUGGAGGAGGUGGAGAGCAUCGGGCAGGAAGAAGAGAUCCUGAAGAACAUGGGUGGACUGAAACAGAACCCGUCCAGGCAGCAGAACCAUCCCCCCCGAGCUCCAAUCAAACCCUUUAUCCUCACCAAGGACGCCAUGCAGGCUCAGGUGUUUGGUGCCGGCUAUCCCAGCCUUGCCACCAUGACAGUGGACGACUGGUACGACCAGCACAAAAAAGGAGCCCUGCCAGAUCAGGGGAUCCCAAGGAGGGUCGACACGGAGGAGGAUUCUGAUGCCAAAGAAAGAGAAGAAGAAGAGAAAGAGAAACAGGCUGAAAAUGAUGACCCAGAGUCUCUGAUGAAGGCAAGGAACUGGGAUGACUGGAAGGACUCUCACCGCAGAGGAUACGGGAACCGCCAUAACAUGGGCUGAUCCAGUCCACCUUGACCUGAUCCAGAACCCCUGGACCUGAUCCAGGUUCUGGAUCAAGUUUAAAGGGCCCAGGACCUGGACCCCCUUUGAGCUGUUUCUAGGAGGUUAUUAAUACACCUAUCAACUUAUUGAAUCGCAUCUGAUUUACUGUUGUACCAUGAUGUCAUUUCCUGUCUGUGUGCCGCCAUGUUUAAAUGAAUGUCAAUAAAGAAGCCUGCAGUGUUUUCAUUUCA